AUGUUAGCAAUUUAUGUUGAUGAUUUAUUUGUCACAAGUACAAAUUUAAGCAUGAUCAAGAGGUUCAAAUUAGAGAUGUCCACGAACUUUGAGAUGUCGGAUCUUGGAAGAUUGACUUAUUAUCUUGGCAUUGAAGUUAAGCAAGAAGAAUUGGGGAUUACUAUAAACCAAGAAGCAUAUGCUCAACGCAUUCUAAAAGAAGCAGGUUUACAUGAUUGCAAUCCGACCCACAUUCCAAUGGAACCAGGAAUUAAGUUGUCAAAGACCGAAGAUGAACCCAAAAUCAACCCGACACAAUAUCAAAAGGUGGUAGGAUGUCUUAGAUAUUUCUUGCAAACAAGACCCGAUAUGGCAUAUGCGGUCGGAGUUGUCAGCCGAUACAUGCAAAGUUCAAGAGAAUCACAUGGUGGUGCAAUCAAACAUAUUCUAAGGUACUUACGAGGAACUACGGGAUGCGGAAUCAAGUACGAGAGGACGGGACAAAGGCGACUUAUUGGUUAUAGUGAUAGUAGUCACAAUGUUGACCCGGAUGAUGGAAGAAGCACAACCGGUCACAUUUUCUACUACAGGUCAUCUCCAAUAAUGUGGUGUUCGCAAAAGCAAGAUACCAUUGCUUUAUCAUCUUAUGAGGCGGAGUUCAUGGCAACCAUGGCGACCGCAUGUUAA